GAUUGCCAGUCUUCCAUCAUCUCCGUUCACUACAGACACACUCUACAUUUCUACUGACUUUCUCUCUCUCUAGAACAUUCUUCAUUGCUGAAAUUGUCCAACCUCUCAACUGGCCGGCAACUACUUCACUCACAAUAAAUUUGAAUUUGAACUGAGCUGACUAAGAGAAUAAAGUUGUGAGAUUUGAAGGAUAGUUAAGGAAUGGAGUCAUCGCAAUCGCAACAACAGAGAAGAGGCGGCGGCUUAGUUUCGAUGUCGCCAUCACAUACGCCGCGGUCAAGUGAUAAGGUGGUGAGGGAUCUGCGAUCGGGAGAAGGGAAUGGCAAGCAUGAUAAAGAAAAAGGCGUUAAUGUACAAGUUAUUUUGCGUUGCAGGCCGUUGAGUGAGGAUGAGAUAAGAUUGCAUACACCAGUUGUGAUUAACUGUAAUGAGGGUAGAAGAGAAGUUUCUGCUAUUCAAAACAUAGCUAAUAAGCAGAUUGACCGAACAUUUGCCUUUGAUAAGGUGUUUGGUCCAACAUCCAAACAGAAGGACUUGUAUGAUUCUGCAAUAUGGCCAAUUGUUUUUGAAGUUCUAGAGGGAUAUAACUGCACCAUUUUUGCUUAUGGGCAGACAGGAACAGGGAAAACUUAUACAAUGGAGGGAGGGGGAAGAAAGAAGAAUGGGGAAUUUCCAAGUGAUGCAGGUGUUAUCCCCCGAGCUGUUAAGCAAAUUUUUGAGAUAUUGGAAGCUCAAAAUGCUGAAUAUAACAUGAAAGUAACACAUUUGGAGCUUUAUAAUGAGGAGAUCACAGAUCUUUUAGCUCCUGAGGAAUGCACAAAGUAUGUAGAUGAUAAAUCCAAAAAACCAAUAGCUCUGAUGGAAGAUGGUAAGGGCGGAGUUUUGGUUAGAGGCUUGGAAGAGGAGAUUGUGUCCACUGCAAAUGAAAUCUAUAAGAUCUUGGAGAAAGGUUCAGCUAAGAGGCGUACAGCAGAGACUCUUCUUAACAAACAGAGCAGUCGUUCUCACUCUAUUUUCUCUAUCACAAUUCACAUCAAGGAAUGCACUCCAGAAGGGGAAGAGAUGAUCAAAUGUGGCAAACUGAACCUUGUAGACCUUGCUGGUUCUGAGAACAUAUCACGUUCUGGUGCAAGAGAGGGAAGAGCGAGGGAAGCUGGAGAAAUCAACAAGAGUUUGCUUACACUUGGUCGUGUUAUAAAUGCUUUAGUUGAGCACUCUGGUCAUAUCCCAUACAGGGAUAGCAAAUUGACAAGAUUAUUGAGGGAUUCUCUUGGAGGGAAAACAAAGACAUGCAUUAUUGCGACAAUAUCACCAUCAAUUCACUGUCUGGAAGAGACACUGAGCACUUUGGAUUAUGCUCAUCGUGCCAAAAAUAUAAAGAACAAACCAGAGAUUAACCAGAAGAUGAUGAAAUCGGCAGUAAUGAAAGAUUUGUACUCCGAGAUUGACCGGCUGAAGCAAGAGGUGUAUGCUGCAAGAGAGAAGAAUGGAAUUUAUAUACCAAGAGACCGAUAUCUUCAAGAAGAAGCAGAGAAGAAGGCAAUGUCUGAAAAGAUAGAAAGGAUGGAACUUGACUUCGAAUCCAGGGACAAGCAAUUUAUGGAACUUAAGGAACUGUACAAUUCUCAGCAAUUGUUGACAGCAGAAUUGGGUGACAAACUUGAGAAGACAGAGAAAAAUCUUCAGGAAACUCAGCAUACAUUGGCUGAUCUGGAAGAGAAACACAGGCAGGCAAUUGCCACUAUAAAAGAAAAGGAAUUUCUGAUAUCUAACCUUCUAAAAUCUGAAAAAUCACUGGUUGAGCAAGCAUUUGAACUUCGAGCUGAACUGGAAAAUGCUGCGUCAGACGUAUCAAACUUGUUUGCCAAGAUUGAGCGCAAAGACAAAAUAGAAGAUGGAAACAGAGUUCUUAUCCAAAAAUUCCAAUCCCAAUUGACUCAACUGCUUGAAGUCCUGCAUAAGACCGUUGCUUCUUCAACCACACAACAAGAACAACAACUCAAAGGCAUGGAGGAAGACAUGCAGUCCUUUGUUUAUACAAAGACUGAGGCAGUGGAGGAGCUUCGAGGCCGUCUAGAGAACUUGAAAACCAUGUUUGGUUCUGGUAUCAAAGCCUUAGAUGGUUUGGCUGGGGAACUUGAUGGCAAUGCUCAGUCAACCUUUGAUCGUUUAAAUUGUGAAGUCUCUAAACAUUCUUCUUCUUUGGGAGAGCUUUUUAAGGAGAUUGCCUCUGAGGCUGAUACGUUGGUUAAUGAUCUUCAAAAGAGUUUGCACGAUCAGGAGGACAAACUAAUUGCAUUUGCACAACAACAACGUGAGGCACACUGCGGGAGUAUCACAAUGUCAAGGUCCAUUUCUCAGAUUACUGGGAACUUCUUUAAGACUUUAGAUAUGCAUGUGUCCCAGUUGGGUGAAAUAGUGGAAGAAGCACAGACGGUCAGCGACCAGAAAUUCUCUGAACUAGAAAAGAAGUUUGAGGAGUGUGCUGCCAAUGAGGAAAGGCAAAUCUUGGAGAAAGUGGCAGAAUUGCUAGCUGGGUCAAAUGCUAGGAAGAAAAAGCUGGUUCAAACCGCUAUUGAUGACCUUAGAGAAAGUGCCUCCAACAGAACCAACAGACUGAAACAAGAGAUGUCAACCAUGCAAGAUUCAACUUCUUCAGUUAAAGUCAAAUGGACCGAUUACAUGGAAAAGGCUGAAUCACACUAUCUUGAAGAUACUGCUGCUGUGGAAAAUGGGAAGAAAGAGAUGGAGGAGGUGCUACAGAAUUGCGUGCAAAAGGCUAAAUUGGGAGCAGAGCAAUGGACAGAUGCUCAACAGUCUUUAUUAAACCUAGAGGAGAGAAAUGUUGCUUUUGUUGAUGAAAUCGUUAGGGGAGGAAUGGAUGCAAAUCAAGCAUUGCGUGUGAGAUUUUCAUCUGGCGUGUCAUCUACUCUUGAAGACACUAAUGCUGCUAGCAAACACCUACUCUCAUCUAUUGACCAUUCUUUACAACUCGACCGUGAUGCUUGUGCAAACCUUGAUUCUACGAUUGUUCCUUGUUGUGGAGAGCUGCGAGAACUAAACAGCGGACACUACCACAAGGUUGUUGAAAUUACAGAAUACACUGGAAAAAGUCUUUCACAAGAAUACAUGGUUGAUGAGCCAUCGUGCUCGACCCCGAGAAAGAGACCGUUUAAUCUUCCAAGUGUCGAAUCUAUUGAAGAACUAAAAACUCCCUCUUUCGAGGAGUUGUUGAAUUCGUUUUGGGACGGAAAAUCCUCAAAGCUAGCAAAUGGAGAUGUACAGGAUAAUAUAGAGGUAGCUCCUUCUUUACGAGAUUCGAGAGUUCCCGUCACUGCUGUAAAUUAGAAGAGUCCAGACUGCAGCCAAUGAUAUAUGGCAAUUAAGGAGAGUUGUACAUAAUAUAUAUGUCUUGAAUAUCCAUCGUCUCACCUAUACGUAGCGGAUAAGUUAUCCUUAUUCUUUUUAUUAAAUUUGGUAGUUGUUGGGAAGAGUUUCAUUUGUUUGAAAUUCGUGUAGUUUCCGAGACUGAUGGAAAUAUGUAAUGUUUGUGUGCUGAACAUGCAAUAUAGUUUGAAGUGUGUGGAUGCGACGGUGAUAA